AUGCUUUUGACAGCAACACCAGAUCCUUUAAGCGUUAGUGGGUUCCAUUAUGAUCCUAAUUGGGGUUACAAAAAGUUGUUAAAACAACUUGAGGAUAAAGAUGUAUUUGACCUUCAAAAACUUAAAGUGUUUCAUCUUGACCAAAUUGAAUUUGAACCACUAGAUUUAUCCAAUUUGGUGCUUAGUGACUCAGAAGAUGAAGAGCCGGGCUUAACUGAUGAUAAUACUAAAAAUCUGGUCAAUUCCCCUGAAGGUGUCAAGACACCUCAGCAAGUUGAUUCACCUCCAAUUCAAUAUAUACCACUUGAUCAAUCUGUUAAAUCAUAUAGUGAUGGGAUUGUUGUGAAUGACUCCAAGCCAGAGUUGGAAUUACCUCCAAGAGGAACUAAAAGUAUUCCAAAUUCACCAGUUUAUCCGCCAAAUGAAAAAUUAGUGGUUGAUCCACCAUGGAAGUUUUUUUAUGAUUUUAACUAUGAUAAUGAUGUUAAUGAUGAUAUUUGUCAUUUUUAUCUCAUGAAUAUUAGAAGACAAAUUAGUUAUGAGUUGGGUGCUGAUGAAGAAUAUUUUAAAGAGAGGAAAAUGGUUGAUCUUCGUUUGGUGCUAAGAGUCUUUAGUUUGUUCAAGACUUCGUUCAAUAAAUCGGUUUAUCAAACUUCAACUGGUGAAGUUAUUCAAUUUUUUGAAGGUGGUGCUAAAACUUUCAAAAGUAAAGAUUUUUUCCCUGGAAUUAUUGAUGAAAUUUUCAAAAAUAUAGGUAUCAAUGUUGAAAAACUUUUAGAUCGAUCAAGAAUUUAUCAUCCUUCAAUAGGUGCACUUUAUAAAAGAGAUAUUAAAUUAGAUACUGAGGAAAGUAUCUCAAUAGAUGAAGAUUUAAAAGGUUAUGUUGCAGCUAAAUAUGAAGAUUUGAAGAUUGGUGAACUUUUCCAAGAUAUUUGGGAAGAAUGGUGCUUAGGUUUCAAAGGGCAACCACCUGUUUGGAUUAUUGAAAAAAGAAGGUAUGAAAUUCAUGUAUCAUUGUCUAAAAUUUAUAAGGAAAGGGAUCAAAGUUCAAAUGAAUGUACAACAAUGGGUGAUUUCACGUUCAGAUGUAAUGAUAGGUUUAAAAUUCUUCAAUUCAUUAUUUAUGGGAUGGAUAAAUGUGGAUACAGAGCACAAAUAAUGGUUGAUUUAUUGCAAGCUUAUACUCUUUUCAAUGGGGAAAAUGCCCAAUGGGUUCUUGCAAAUUUGAAUUCAAUUAUUAAAUAUGUUUUCCAUGUGGACUCUUUGGAUAGUUUAGAGAUUGGAACAAUGUUCAAGUAUCAUGAGAUUGAUAGUUAG